AUGAGUGGUCUAAUCUCUUGUGUAGCAUGGGUGAAAAGAGGGAUCGCAUCCCAACAUCCGGUCAAGUAUGUACUGGAUGAGAAGGAACUUCAACGAGUCAGCGCGCUUGCCCGCAUCGAGGUCGAGGAUGCUCGGAAAGAGUUAGAGUCAGCGCAUAAGGCGGCUGGCAUGAUGGGGAAGGGCGCUGAAGGAGAUGAAGCGGACGAUGCAGAUGAGGACGAUGAAAGUGUAUGGGUAGAUGAAGAUGAUGAUGCAGAAGGGAACAAUUCCAUGGAUAAAGACGAACCUAUGGAUCAAGACGAGCCCGCAGAAAAGAUCAAGCCGAAGAGCAAGGCCAAUGACGACCUCGCAGAGUACAACUUGGAUGACUACGACGACGAUGGUGCUAUGCCUGCCACGGGUCCGUUCAGCAACAUCAAGGGCCUCACAUAUUACCGCAACAACGAUGAGGACCCAUAUAUCACCCUUAAAGAGGAUGAUGAGGAAGACGAGCGACAAGAGCUCGAGAUUCUUCCCACUGACAAUCUGCUUGUCGCCGCAAAAACAGAAGACGAGAUCUCACAACUUGAGAUCUACGUCUACGACGAGUCGGAAGAAAACCUCUAUGCUCACCACGACCUUAUGCUUCCUGGCUUCCCCCUCUGUCUCGAGUGGCUCGAUUUUCCUCCCGUUACCUCCCCUGCCGCGCAGGCCACCUCUACGUCGUCCGCAAAACAAUUUGGCAACUACAUCGCAGUCGGCACGCUUGAGCCCGAGAUCGAGAUCUGGUCGCUCGAUACCUUGGAAACGAUGUACCCCGACAUGGUUCUCGGACGCCCAGACAAGACAGCCGCGCACGUCCCAAUGCCUCUCGGGACAGGUAAGAAAAAGCGCAAGAAGACGAAGCACCGCGCGACCUCCUCCGCCUACCACGUCGACGCCGUGCUGUCACUCUCGUGGAAUCGCACACACCGUAACUUGCUUGCGUCCGCCUCGGCUGACCGGACGGUCAAGCUGUGGGAUCUGAGCCGCGAUCCGACGAUCAACGGCGAGGGCGGAGAGGGCGAAGGUGCUCUGCGCAGCUUCGACGUGCACAAAGACAAGGUGCAGGCCGUCCAGUGGAAUGAGAAGGAGCCUACGGUGCUGCUGACUGGCAGUUACGAUCGCACCGUCAGGACCUUCGAUUCGAGAGCACCAGAUGCUGGCGUCGGGGCAAUAGUAGGCGCCGAUGUGGAGGCGAUUCGAUGGGAUCCCUGGGAGGCGCACGCAUUCUACGUUUCGCUUGAAAAUGGACAUGUAGUCAACUUCGAUGCACGAACGCUGCCCUCAAAUCUCGAUUCGCCGUCUCCGGCUCGCUUCACGCUCUCAGCACAUCACGGCGCAGCAUCUGCACUGGACGUUAAUCCGCACAUUCGUGGUUGUAUCGUGACAGGCGGGACAGACAAGAUCGUGAAGGUAUGGAACGUGAACGAGGAUACAGAUCUCGGGAAGCGCGAUGUCAGUCUCGUUAUCUCCAGGGACCUCGGCGUCGGAAAGGUGUUUUCUGCAUUGUGGUCGCCGGACGAUCCUCUGACCCUGGCUGCCGCCGGUUCGCAAGCCAAGUUGCAAGUGUGGGAUGUCGGCGCCAAUGCUGGCGCUAGGAAAGCUCUCGCACCGAAGAUGGCUGAAGCUGGCAGAAUUUUGAAGGAGAAGACUGGUGGUGGUGUCAUUGGGGUCGUUAGCGACGAGGAGGAGAGCAGCGGUGAUGAAGCGGAGGAUGAGUGA